AUGUCGCAGCGGCGCAACAAUCCCUUCUCGCGAAUGGGCUCGCAGUCACCCUCGCCGGCCCCAAGUGGCUCUGGCAGUAGUGGCGGGCGGCCCAAGUCCGCCAUGUUCUCGUCCCAGUCAUCCUUAUCGAACAUCACGACAGCGCCCCCGACGCACACUCGCACACAGUCCCACACAUCGAUAGCGGCGAACCUAGCAUCCGUCACCGGCGAUGGCCCUCGACAUCAACGAGCCAGAAGCAACACGCCAAAUUCUUCCACGUUUGCCCCCUCGUUCAUCAAGACAGAAGAUAUGAGAAGGAGUAUAGAUGUUGUCAGGGGAAUAGAAGGCGAGAAUGACUUCUCCGGGAAGAGGUAUGUGUGGCUUAAGGAUCCACAGGCCGCCUUCGUGAAAGGCUGGGUGGUCGAGGAGCUCGAGGGAAGCAGGCUAUUGGUGCAGUGUGACGAUGGCAGCCAACGGGAAGUCGAUAGCGAAAGCGUGGAUAAAGUCAACCCUGCCAAGUUCGACAAGGCAAACGACAUGGCUGAGCUGACGCAUCUCAACGAAGCGUCCGUUGUUCACAACCUCCAUAUGCGAUACCAAGCCGACUUAAUCUACACCUACUCGGGGCUGUUCUUGGUUACUGUGAAUCCUUACUGCCCUCUGCCGAUAUACACCAAUGAGUACGUCAACAUGUACAAGGGUCGAAACCGAGAAGACACGAAGCCACACAUAUUUGCCGUGGCCGAUGAAGCAUUCAGAAACCUCGUCGACGAAGGGGAGAACCAGAGCAUCUUGGUUACUGGUGAAUCGGGUGCCGGCAAAACCGAGAACACGAAAAAGGUCAUACAGUACCUCGCUGCGGUCGCCUACUCCGAGUCCCCAGUGAAGAACAGAGGGCAGCAUUCGAAUCUCUCAGCGCAGAUACUGCGAGCGAAUCCCAUUCUGGAAGCGUUUGGUAACGCGCAGACUCUGCGAAACAACAACUCCUCUCGUUUUGGAAAAUUCAUCCGUAUCGAGUUCUCUCGGACAGGGUCAAUAGCAGGCGCUUUCAUCGAUUGGUACCUGUUGGAGAAGUCUAGAGUCGUGCGCAUCAACUCACAGGAGCGCAACUACCACAUUUUCUAUCAACUCUUGGCCGGCGCUGAUCGUCGUAUGCGACAAGAAUUUCUGCUCGAGGGACUCGCGGUUGACGACUUUGCUUAUACGCGCGACGGUCAUAAUACUAUUGCUGGCGUCUCCGAUCAGGAUGAGUGGAACUUGUUAUUGGAGGCAUUCAACGUCAUGGGGUUUUCCGACAACGAGCAGACCGCCAUUCUGCGCACCGUUGCUGCAGUCCUUCAUCUAGGUAAUCUGAACGUCGUCAAAGAGAGCCGGAUGGCCGACCAGGCGCGUCUAAGCCCCGAUGCGAAAGAGGUAGCUGCUCGAGUCUGCAAGCUCAUGGGCAUCCCCUUGGAGCCUUUUCUGCAAGGCUUGCUACAUCCCAAAGUCAAAGCCGGCCGCGAGUGGGUGGAGAAGGUCCAAACUCCAGAACAGGUGCGCCUGGGCAUGGACGCCCUUGCGAAGGGUAUCUACGAACGCGGCUUUGGAGACCUCGUGACCAGGAUCAAUCGCCAGCUCGAUCGGACCGGGAUGGGCAUGGAUGACUCGCACUUCAUCGGAGUGCUCGAUAUCGCUGGUUUCGAGAUCUUUGAGGAGAAUAGCUUCGAACAGCUCUGCAUCAACUAUACAAAUGAGAAGCUCCAGCAAUUCUUCAACCAUCACAUGUUCGUCUUGGAGCAGGAAGAAUACGCCAGAGAGCAGAUUGAGUGGCAAUUCAUCGACUUCGGCCGGGAUCUCCAACCCACGAUUGAUCUGAUUGAGUUGCCGAAUCCCAUCGGAAUUUUCUCUUGCUUGGAUGAGGACAGUGUCAUGCCGAAGGCGACGGACAAGUCUUUCACCGAGAAGCUCAACUCGCUUUGGGACAAGAAGUCGACCAAGUACCGGCGGUCACGCCCGGGCCCGCGUCAUGGCUUCAUCCUUACCCACUAUGCAGCUGAAGUGGAAUAUGCGACUGAAGGCUGGUUAGAGAAGAACAAAGAUCCUCUGAAUGACAACAUCACCCGACUGUUGGCCGCCUCCACCGAUAAACACAUAGCGAACUUGUUCGCCGAUUGUGCUGAUAACGACGACAGUAGUGGAGGUUCCAGAAGUCGAGUGAAGAAGGGACUCUUCCGCACGGUUGCGCAAAGGCACAAGGAACAGCUCUCCAGCCUCAUGUCUCAGCUUCACUCAACCCAUCCACAUUUCGUCCGCUGCAUUCUUCCGAACCACAAGAAGCGACCGAAACAGUUCAACGCGCUGCUGGUUCUUGAUCAGUUGAGGUGCAACGGUGUCCUCGAGGGUAUAAGAAUCGCUCGGACCGGUUUCCCCAAUCGACUUCCAUUCGCUGAGUUUCGUCAGAGAUAUGAGGUUCUCUGUCGGGACAUGCCGAAAGGCUACCUUGAAGGACAAGCAGCUGCGGCCUACAUGCUUGACAGACUUCAUAUCGACAAGGCCCUAUUCCGAGUCGGACUCACCAAGGUCUUCUUCCGAGCUGGUGUUCUGGCUGAGUUAGAAGAGCAACGAGAUGCCUUGAUUACCGAGAUAAUGUCUCGAUUUCAGUCCGUCGCCCGCGGCUACGUCCAACGACGCAUUGCCUUCAAGAGGCUUUAUCGAACUGAAGCCACACGAGUCGUUCAACGGAACUUCAAUGUCUACCUCGACCUCUGCGAGAACCCUUGGUGGCAGCUUCUUAUUAAGAUGAAGCCACUGCUGGGCUCUACCCGCACAGCUAUUGAGGUGAAGAGGCGCGACGAAAGGAUACGUGAACUAAGUGAAAAGAUGCGGCUGGAAUCGGAGAAUCGUGAUCGGCUAGAGGAAGAGCGGCGCAAUUGCCACACGGAGCUCAUGCGCACACAACAAAUCCUUGAAAGCGAGCGAGCAUUGGCGUUGGACAAGGAGGAGAUUUUCAAGCGGCUGCAAUCCCGAGAAGCUGAACUCGAGGAUGAACUCAAAGGCGCGAUGGAAGAUCAAGAGAAACUCGAAGACCAACUCGAUGACCUUCUUGACGCGAAGAAGAGAGCCGAGCAGGAAGUCGACAAGUAUCGAUCACAGCUGGAACAAGCUGCUGCACUCAUCGCUCGGCUUGAGGAGGAGAAAUCGGCACUUGGCGCUCGAACAUCCGAUCUUGAGGCAGAGCUUCAGCAGAUCGCACAGAAGCAGGCUGACCGGAGUGCCCAGGAAGCUGUCCUGGAAGAUGAGGUCAAGAUGCUACAAAGCCAGCUUUCUUUGAAGGAUCGCAAAGUACGAGACCUUGAAGGAAGGCUGGUUAAGAUUGACCAAGACGCCGAUGUCAAGCUUGCUACUGCCCACAGAGAGCUACAGUCGCUCAGGUCUCGAGAACAGCAACUUUCCCGCGAGAACCGCGAGGUUCAACAACACUUAUCACAGUUGUCGAAGACUUCUACAGACUAUGAGGAUCUCGUGAGGAAGAAGGAGAGCGAGCUCGUCAUCCUCCGUGGAGACAAUAAGAACUUCGAGAUAGAGCAGCGACAAUUCGAGGAUCAGAGGAAGCUAUUAACGUCUGAGAAGGAGAAGACAGCCGCCCGGUUGCGAGAGGUUCAAGCGGAGAUGGUUGCUAUGAAAUCCCAGGAAUCGCAGCUUCAGCGAGAGGCCGAGGACGCCAAACAACUGCUCCUGGCUCGUCUUUCGGAAGAUGCUCAAGCAAAUCAAAAUCGCGAGGUACUAGACUCGCAAAUCAAGGAUCUGAAAGAUCAGCUCUACAAGAUUCAGAUGGAUCUGAGUCGCGAACGUCAAUCGCGAGAUGAUGUUGCCCUGCUGGCAGAACACCAAUAUCAAGAACUGCAGCAGGAACACGAGAAACUGAAGGAGUCGAAGAUCACGAUCGAGAAAGAGCUCUACCUGCAACAGGACACUCUGAGGCGCACCAUGGAAGCACGAGCAACUGCAGAAAAGGAACGAGACGAGGCACGCGACGAGAUCCGACGACUGCGAAUCGCCAAGAGUCAAGCUGAAGAAGCCAGGAUCAAUGCCGAGGAAGCCGCCGACCGCAAGGCUACGCGUGCAGCUCGUGAGCGGGAAGACAGCCUGCAGAACGACCUCGAUGCCACUCAAGAGCGGCUGAGGUGGUUUGAGGCAGAAUGCGCCAAGCUGAACCACCAAGUUGAAGAUCUCAAUAAGUUCAUGAUCGAGUCCGGCGACUUUGGCCUGAAGAACGACCAGGCCAAAGAGCGGCUCGAGCGAGAGUUGGUGACUGUCAAGGGCCGCCUGACUGCUUCUGAAAACGACAACCGUGCUCUUCUCAACAAGAUACAGCAAAAGGGGCUGGAGAUAGCCCGAUCAAGCUCGAGGGCCAGUGAAGCUUCGAGGGGACAAGUCAUCAGUCUGCAACGCGAGAAAGCGAGAAUCGAGGAGCAAAAUACGAAGCUCAACAAGCAGCUUGGGGACGCCUCGUUGACUAUCGCGGGCUUGGAGAAGAAGGUUGAAAAACUGCAACUCAACGUUGAAGACCUGAAUCAUGAGGUCGCACGGGAGGUCCAGUCCAGCCGAACAGCCGAGAAGAGUUCCUCCAACUUCACUGUUCAGCUGGCAGAGGCGAACCGCACCAUCGAGUCCGAACGUCAGCUACGGACGCAGGCUCAAACUACAGUACGCACCAUGCAGUCAACGCUCGACUCACGCACCAAGGAGACUGAGGAGCUGCGGGCCCAAUUGCUGCGAGUUCUCAAGGCUGUAGAUCCGGAAGUGUCUAUCCCGGCCCAGGCUGAUGGGACUCAUGAUAAGAUCAUGAGCAAGAACUUCGAUAUGAUUAGAAAGAUCGAAGAGCUCCAGCAGGACCUCCGGGUCCAGACAGCUGGACGGACCAACGCGGAAGCACAGUUGGCGGAAGUACGUGGGAAUCGUGGCGACUCCCCGGUCAGAGCCAGGCUGGAGGAGAUGCACCCUAACGAGGCUCCCUUCAACGGCUCCCCAACACGGCGGGGGAAGCUUAAUGGGCGACACUACUCGAAUACAUCUACCCCGACUCGGCGGUUUGGCAACGAGAACGAUGUAGUUCAGGACUCUGCUAGAUCCGACCGAACCGCCGACCUCCUCAGCUUCAACAACCGCCAGGACCUGAAGACGGAGGUCGAAGAGCUACAGAACCAGCUUCAACUAGCCGAGAUGCAGAACCGUCAUCUACAGAGCCAGAUUGAACGUUCGACUCCGACACGAGACUCCGCUUUUGAAGAUGGCAGCCCAUCGGUCCGACGAAUGCAAAAACUAGAGAAGGCCAACAACCGCUUGCACGAUAUGCUGGAUGAUUCUGCAAAGAAAGUAUCCUAUCUGGAGAAGUCAAUGCGAACGGGCGAGCUGUCAUUACGGGACAUCCAAACGAAGUCCCACGAAGAAAUCCUGGAUCUGCUUAACAGCCAAGAGGACUCUCGUCGCGCACUUCUCCACAGCCAUAACGAUGCUAUUGCCGAGCUUACCGACGUCAAACAAAACUUCGAGAAGACCCGCCACGAUCGCGCGAACCUUGAGGUUGAGCUUCGAGAUGCAAGAUCGGAUCUUCAGGAGAUGGAUCUGGCCAGAGAGCAGGAAGCCUCGAGUCGUAGCCAACUGCUGCAGGAAUUUGCCGAUUUGCAGAUACGCCUUGAUGCCGAGACCUCUAACCUGGCGGAUGUUACUGCAAGCCUCGAAAUGUACAAGGCUCGCGCAGAUGAAUACUUCGGCAAGCUUGAACAAGCCGAGAUUGCUGUUCUGAAAGCUACGCGCGCUGAGCAAUUCGCCAAAGCCCAGGCGAAAGAGGCUGAGGAGACGUGUGCAGAAAUAAUGUCUCAGCGGAACAGAUCAGACGGCAGCAUGGAGGAUGUUCAACGCCAGAACCAACGGCUCGAAGAGAAACUCGAGGAUGUUUCCACCGACCUUGAAGCUGCACUGCAAGCGAAGAAGCGUCUGCAGCACGAACUCGAAGACUAUAGAAACCAGCGAGCUAUUGAUCUCGAAGACAAGGAGUCCAGCAUGGAGCAGACACGCAAGAAGUAUCAGGCCGAAUUCGCCACGCUCUCUAAUGAGCUCGACCUGGCACGAGAAGAGAAGCUGUACAAGCAGUCCGAGAUCAAUCGCCUACGGGAAGAGCUUGAUGAACUCCGCUCCAAGUGGGACGAUGAGGUGCUCAACAGCUCGACGUGGUCGAAGGAGAAGUCACGCCUCGAGGCAACUCUUUCCGAUGUCGUCGCGUCUCGUGACGAGGCGGUCGGCGCCCACAACGAAGCUCAGGGCAAGGUGGUCUCACUUCUUUCGCAAGUCCGGACACUACGAACGUCUGUCGACGACAUCACUGCUGAGCGUGAUGCCCUUGUCAGGGAAAAGCGUGGUGUUGAGGCAAGGCUAGAAGAAGCCAAAGCUGGUCUGGAGGAUCUGGCGAACAGCGACAGCCCUGCUCUGCGAAAUGCCGCCAACACCGACAGACAGAUACUAGAGCUGAAGUCUGGCCUCGCCCAACAGGAGGACCUUGCUGCAGCUGCGGUAGAAAAGAUGCGGCGAGCCGAGUCGCUCUCCACUGAAGUGCAGAAGGAGAUCGCAGCCGAGCGUGAGAUCAACGCCGGAUUAUCCAAGCAGAAGGCAGCGCUGGAGAAGAGCCUUAGUGAAGUGCAAGUUCGACUCGUGGACCUGGAGACCAAGGGAUACUCGAGCGGCAGUCAAGACAUCAAAUUCCUACACAAGCGCAUCCAGGAGCUGGAGACCGAACUCGAAGCCCAAGAGAAUGAGCGAUCCAAAUCACAAAGGUCGGUGCGCAACGUGGACCGGACGGUGAAAGACUUGCAAUCCCAAAUCGAGCGCAAAGACAAACAGACAGUUCAGCUGAACGAUGACGUUUCACGACUGCGCGACAAGGUCGACAAACUACUUGCAGCGAUCGACGAGCUCCAGGCCAGCGAGAGCUCGAACCAGCUCACUGCGCGUCGGGCCGAACGGGAACUCAAGGGGGAAAGAGAGAAGACGCUUCGGCUGGAGCGCGAGCUAGACGGCUGGAAACAUCUCAGGAUGGAAAAGGGGAGCGUGAACGGCGGCAGCGUGCGCUUUGGCACGCCCGGCCUGGAGGGCGCGAGGCGGCUGAGCUCGUGGAGGACCGGCCCCGGCACCAGCGACGGGGACGACGCAAGCAUCCUCAGCGGGACGGGCAUCGAGGUGCCCAAGCGGAAAAGCAGUAUUAACCGGGUGCCGAGCCUAACCAAGGGAUUUUUGUGA